AUGGCGGCCGCACUUCGCAAUGAGAGCGUGAAAAUACGAAACCACACGGAGCGUAAACCUUUCAAGCCACCCAUGUCAAACAAUAGAGUCCCGGUGAUAUUUGGUUGCAUAACAAAACAGUUUAAAAAGCCCGCCAUUUUUGACGAGGUAAAGCGUUUCAGCUCGCUCUCAAUCCCUUGUUGGGGCUCAGUGUUUAUAGUCCACAAGGCCAGGUUGUGGAAUCAAGUCCUCCACGUGCUUGCUCGACCCUUCUUCAAGUCGUUCUUCGGGCGGACGUACAACGUGUCCGUCUCUGGGCGAGUGCAAGAACGGCGGGGCCGCUGCGUCAUCACAAAAAGAAGAACCGCAACAGCCUGCAAGGCCUGCCGCCUGCGCAAGUGCCUGCGUGGCAUGUCCAAGAGCGGCUCCAGGUACGGGCGUCGCUCCAACUGGUUCAAGAUCCACUGCCUUCUCCAGGAGCAGGUGUCGCUGACCUCCCCGACGGAGCACGCGUCCCCGGGCACCCUGGCCGUGCAGGAGGCCAAGCGGGCGCUGCAGGGCCUGGCCUCGCAGGGCCCCUCGCCCGCGCAGGACUCCCCUCGGAAGGCCGGAGACGCCGAGGAGGAGCCGCGAGUGCUCAUCAAGGAGGAGGACCGCGACUCGCCCGCCCUCAGCAGCCCCGAGUCCCAGGCGUCGGACAAUUCCUGGAGUCGCCCCUGGACCCGCGGAGGCCCCCGGCCGGCUGAAACCACGCCCGUGUCCUCCCCGCCCGUGUCCUCUCCCUCGCCGUCCCUCUCCCACGCCCGCACGCACUCCCCGGCCAGCGCCCACGAGCCACCAGCCCUUACUCCCCCCACCUCUCGCACUCCCCGGUCGCCGCCCAUUUACGGGAGCUCGCCCACUCGCCGCCGCCUCCACCAGUCAUCUCAGCCUGACGAUCACCAACCCCCCCGCCCACAGCAACUUCCCCCCAUCCGCGGCAGCCCCCAGCCGGCCCACGGGGUCGCCCAGCCCCCGUCGGCACACCACGCCCUCGCCAACAAGGAAAACAACAACAACAGCAACAAACCACAACAGCAACAACAGCCACAGCAUCGAGGACCUGAGCCAGAAGCCGCGUCCCUCGGGCGACGACCUCGCUCGCCCUGCGUCCCCCGCUGCGGGGACGAGGCCGACGAGCAGAAGGAACCGAUCGACCUCUCGCUCAAGAAGACGCCGCCCACGCCCACGCCCGUGAGCCAGGACCCCGAGUCCAAAGCGACCUCGCCCGCGGACAGCCAGCUCGUGUCCUACAGCAUGAAGGUGACCACGGCGUCCCUGAGCCCCGGACAGACGCAGGAAACCUCCACGAGUCCCGUCGACCUCCCUGCGAGCCUGAGGAGGACGUCCCCUCCGCCCGAGCCUGAGGAGGACGUCCCCCUCCGCCCGCCCCUCAGCCGCCAGUGUCUCGCCUCGCUAAGACUCAGCAACAGGAACAGCAGCAGCAUCCUCAUUCCCCAGCAGCAGCACCCCUCCGCCAGCACGAGCAGCAGACGGCAGGAACAGCAACAGCUCGACCCGCCAUUGCCAGCCAACAACAGCAACAAGAACAGCAGCAGCAUCCUCAUUCCCCUGCAACAGCACUUGUUCAGAGGGCCUCCUCCUCCAGCAGCAGCCCGAAACAGCGAAGGAACAGCCAGCAGCAGCAUCCACAGUUUAGAGGGCGCAGCAGCACCAGUAACAGCGAAGGAACAGCAGCAGCAGCAUAACAGCGAUCCUCAUUCCCCCAACAGCACCGUUCAGAGAGCCUCCUCCACCAGCGCGAGCAAACAGACGGGGAACAGCAACAGCUCGACCGCCAUUGCCAGCCAACAACAGCAACAAGAACAGCAGCAGCCAUCCUCAUUCCCUGCAACAGCAACCGUUCAGAGAGCCUCCUCCAGCCAGCAGCACCAGCAGCGCAGCAACAGCAGCAGCAAACAGCAUUGUUCAAAGAGCCUCCCUCCUCCAGCAGCAGCGCACAGAACAGCGGAAGGAACCAGCAGCAGCAGCAUCCUCAGCAACAGCACCCGUUCAGAGAGCCUCCCCUCCAGCGCGCGAGCAACAGACGGCAGGAACAGCAACAAACACCAACAGCUCGACCUGCCAUUGCCAGCCAAAGCUGAUUCUCGCACUUCCUUUUCUAAGAUCCGCGAUCGCCCUCUCAUUGCAGGAUGUCUCCUAAGAGCUCCCAACGGCUCUUACCUACAGCAGAUCAUCUCAGGGGCGUCUUAUAAUACUGUACUAAGCUUCAGUACUAGGUCAGGUUUGUGCCUGUGA